GCCCCUCUUACCUGCUUCUGCGCUGUAAAAUUAUUCGAGACAGCUUUGAUUCUUAUUAUUAAUCAUAUCUCUUAUAAUUAUAGCAUCUCUUUCUUCUUCAUUGCUCUACCACACAACUCCCACUAAUCACAUAGCCGCCGACACUCCCAAAAUGGCUUAUCUCCGGGGAGCAGCCGCCGCAUUGAUUAUUAUGUUCCAACUCUUGUCUCUCUCAAACGCCCACAACAUAACCAAAAUCUUGGCCAAAGACCCUGAGUUCUCCACAUUCAACCACUACCUCUCAGCCACUCAUCUCGCCGACGAGAUCAACCGCCGCCAAACCAUCACCGUCCUGGCCGUUGACAACGGAGCAAUGAACUCAAUCCUCUCCAAAGGCUACUCACUCUACACAAUCCGCAACAUUCUCUCCCUCCACGUUCUCGUCGAUUACUUCGGCGCCAAGAAGCUCCACCAGAUCACAGACGGCUCCACCUCCACCGCUUCCAUGUUCCAGUCCACCGGAUCCGCCACCGGAACCUCCGGCUACGUCAACAUCACCGACAUCAAAGGCGGGAAAGUCGCUUUCGGCGUCCAGGACGACGACAGCCAGCUCACCGCUCGCUACAUCAAAUCCGUCUUCGAGAAGGCUUACAACAUCUCCGUCCUUCACAUCAGCCAAGUCCUGACCUCGCCGGAAGCAGAGGCUCCCACCGCCAGCCCCAGCGAUCUCAUCCUCACCGCGAUUCUCGAAAAACAAGGGUGCAAAGCCUUCUCCGACAUGUUGAAAUCCACCGGAGCCGACAAGACGUUUCAAGACACCGUCGACGGAGGGUUGACUGUGUUCUGCCCUUCCGACAGCGCGGUCGGGAAGUUCGCGCCGAAGUUCAAGGCCUUAUCCGCGGCGAACAAGACGGCGUUGGUGUUGUACCACGGCAUGCCGGUUUACCAGUCGUUGCAGAUGCUUAGAUCGGGUAACGGCGCCGUUAACACGUUGGCGACUGAAGGUAACAACAAGUUUGACUUCACGGUUCAGAACGACGGAGAGGAAGUGACGCUCGAGACGGACGUCGUGACGGCGAAGUUAACGGGGACGUUGAAGGAUCAAGAGCCGUUGAUUGUUUACAAGAUUGAUAAAGUUUUGUUGCCGAGAGAGAUCUAUAAGGCCGUUAAGGCCUCGGCUCCAGCACCUAAGUCGAGUAAGCACAAGCCUAAGAACGCGAAGGCUGACGGACCAAGCGCCGAUGCUCCGUCAAAUGAUGACGGUGAGGUCGCUGAUGACAAAAACGAUGCCGUUUCGGUUACACGAAGCAGUGUUAUUGUGACGGCGAUUGUGGGGCUCUGUUUUGGAGUUUGGCUCAUGUGAUGUUGUUGUUGGUUACAUGUGGUUGGGAAUCUUGAUUUUCUUGUCGGACAAUGAAUUCAAUCAUUAAAUUCAUAUCACUUUAUUUAAAAUUUUAUAUAUAACAUUCAACAUUUUUUAAAGUUC